GUGUGGCGAGAAGGGUUUUUCUGAUUCCCUUUCUCUCUUCUCUUCUGUUCGGAGCUGCGCGGAAGAGAGAGAAACAUCGAUCAACGAUAACGGAACCGAACAUCACACCAUCGUCAACAACAACAACAAAGAAGAAGAACAAAAAUCUCCUACGGUGAGUGAUAUGCAGCAAGGUGAUAGAACGGUCCUAAGUUUGAGGCCUGGUGGUGGUCGUGGCGGCGGAAGCAGGCUUUUCGCUCACUCCUCUUCUCCCUCUCCCUCCGCCGAUCUUCCUAUCUCACGCCCCCAUGCCUCUCUCUCUCUCAAGACGGGAGACUCGUGGUUUGAGGGUCGUGAGCGUCUGCGAUAUACCAGAGACCAGCUUUUAAAGCUUAGAGAGGCUGUUGAGGUCCCUGAUGAUAUUCUAAAGAUUAAACAAGAAAUAGAAGCUGAGCUUUUGGGUGAAGAUCAAAGUUGGGGCCGUGCUGAAAGCAAUCUCCCUCAUCAACUAAAUCGAUAUUCUGAGCCAGAUAACCGUGAUUGGCGUGGUCGAUCUGGACAACUUCCUGCUAAUCCAGAUGAGAGGUCUUGGGAAAACCUCAGAGAUAACAGGGAGUUUGGUAAUAGAUUUGACAAUCGACAACAGGAUGCUGGUCAGUUUAAUCACCAAGACCAACUUAAUUCCCAGUUUGCGAGGACACAAAUCUCUUCUACACAAGGGGGAGGACCUACUACACUACUCAAGGCUGAGGUUCCAUGGUCAGCGAGAAGGGGAACUCUCUCUGAAAAGGAUCGUGUCUUGAAGACUGUGAAAGGGAUAUUGAAUAAGUUGACUCCAGAGAAAUUUGAUGUCCUGAAGGGUCAGUUAAUUGAUUCUGGCAUUACAUCAGCUGACAUCUUGAAGGAUGUCAUUUCACUUAUAUUUGAUAAGGCUGUUCUAGAACCAACAUUUUGCCCCAUGUAUGCUCAGCUGUGUUCUGAUCUUAAUGAAAAGCUCCCUCCAUUUCCAUCUGAAGAACCUGGUGGGAAAGAAAUCACUUUUAAGAGAGUACUCUUGAACAAUUGUCAGGAGGCUUUUGAAGGUUCAGAUAAUCUGAGAGAGGAAGUAAAACAGAUGACUGCCCCUGAGCAGGAGAUGGAGCGUAUGGACAAGGAAAGGCUGAUCAAGCUUCGUACCCUUGGAAAUAUCCGUUUAAUUGGUGAGCUAUUGAAGCAGAAGAUGGUUCCUGAAAAGAUUGUCCAUCACAUUGUUCAGGAGCUUUUAGGAUCCCCAGACAGCAAGUCUUGUCCAGUUGAGGAAAAUGUUGAAGCCAUAUGUCAGUUUUUCAAUACUAUCGGCAAGCAACUUGAUGAAAGUCCUAAAUCACGGCGUAUUAAUGAUAUGUACUUCAGCCGGUUGAAAGAACUAAGCACAAACCCACAACUUGUACCACGGCUUAGGUUCAUGAUUCGGGAUGUUAUAGAUUUACGUGCUAAUAACUGGGUUCCUAGACGCGAAGAGGUUAAAGCCAAAACAAUCACUGAAAUUCAUUCAGAGGCAGAGAAAACUCUUGGUUUGCGUCCUGGUGCCACAGCUAGUAUUAGAAAUACCCGUAGCAGUAUUCAAGGAAAUGCUGGCUCUGGGGCCUUUCCCAUUGCUCGACCUGGCACAGGAGGUUUGAUGCCUGGAAUGCCAGGGACCAGGAAGAUGCCUGGGAUGCCUGGAAUUGAUAAUGACAACUGGGAGAUACCUAGGACUAGGUCUGUGCCAAGAGGAGACUUGUCAGCUGUUCAAGCUGGUGGACGCAGCAACUCUUUUGUUUCAAAGUCCACAACCCUUAAUUCUAAACUGCUACCCCAAGGUAGUGGUGGUAUUAUAAGUGGAAGAAAUAGUGCCCUAGUUCAUGGAGGUGGUGCGUUUUCUGCUCGCCCAUUGAACUUUGGUUUAGGUGCUGAGGCAGCAUCUCAACUCUCAUCACCUGCUAAAACAGUUUCUUCUGUAUCCUCUGAGAAGCCACUUACUCCAGCUGCAAGAUUGAAUACUGAAGAUCUUCACCGCAGAACUGUCUCUCUUCUGGAAGAAUAUUUCAGUGUUCGGCUUUUGGAAGAGGCAUUACAGUGCGUGGAGGAAUUAAAAUCUCCUUCUUACCACCCUGAGGUUGUUAAGGAAGCCAUUUCCCUUGCACUUGAUAAAAGUCCACCAUGCGUUGAACCCGUUGCCAAUCUUAUUGAGUAUCUGUUUAUUAAGAAGAUUCUUACAACUAGAGAUAUAGGGACUGGCUGUUUGUUAUUUGCUUCUCAACUGGAUGAUAUUGGCAUAGAUUUGCCUAAAGCACCGAGUAAUUAUGGCGAGAUAAUUGGGAAACUGAUUUUGGCUGGGGGGUUGGAUUUUAAGGUGGUGGGAGAGAUUCUCAAGAAGUUGGAAGAUGACCUGUUCCAAAGGGCAAUAUUUGACCGUGCACUACAGGUCAUUAUAUCUGCAUCUGGACAAGCUGUGUUGGAUUCACAAUCAUCUGAUAUUGAGGCCUGCCAGAGUUUUCUCAAGUGAAUCAAAAUGACUCACAUGGGAAUACAAAUUUCUGUAACUGGAUGAACCUCUUCUUUUGCAACUUCCAGAUUCCCAUACCUUCACCCUCACUUUUUGAUUAAGAAUUUUGUAUUAAAGUAUGUUAUAAAGUGGAGAUUCCAGUGUCAGGUAUUUUUAUCAAGCUGUAUAAUUUUAUUUUAUUUUUGAUUUUUUUGAGAUCGUAGAGUUGUUUAUCGAGGGAAAAGAAACCAUAAAGCUACGGAUUUUAUUUUCCGGUUAGCUAAUCAGGUGCCAAGAUCCUCCAAAGAGUAGCCCAUUAGGGGUCCAAAUGUUUUUGUAUUUCAUUACUUUCAAUUUUACUUAAUUUUGUUGACAUAGUAAUUGUUUAACUGGUCCGUUCAUAAACAUCAUUAUCGUUAUAUAUUCUCAUUUUUUGUUUUG